AGUUCACCCUUGCGUCACCGCACAUCAUGCUAAUUAUUUUCCAGCCACAAACCUAUCAAUUUGACAUUUUACUACUCUAUGUGGCGCUUUUAUACGUGGCGAAACAACGGAGGUGUAUUGUUUCUAUAGGCACAAUAUUUCUAUUGUCAGUACAUCUGUGAAUAAUUUUGAAAUAUUUACUUAUUUCAACCAUUGUCAAUUUUGAUUUCCGUUAUCUGGAAGAAAUUUUCAUCAGUUUGUUACACUCUCGCCUGAAGAUGGAUUGUUUGAAGCGUUUUGGGGACACAAUUGGAAGCAAUGGCAACUUUUUCCACCAAUGGGCGAAGCUGGAGUGGAAUAUGAUUUUCAAAAUUGCCUUGGAGGAGGCGAUUUUGACAACGCGUUACGGGCUGCUUCCAGCAAUGAUCUGCACCUUCAAUGCGCUUCUUGGCUACGACAAUUUAAUUCUAUUGUGGACGAUGAGCACCGUGGUCGCUUAUGUAAUUCGUUGCAAACGGUUGGCGGUAGAAAAUGCAUUGGGAUUGCUUUCUCCUAUUGCAAUGGUUCGGUACGUAACAUUCAUGCUUCUCAUUUCAAUAUGUUCGUGGAUCUCUGUGAUGACCAAAUCUACAAACAAAUCUAAGGAUUCAGCAGAAAUUCCGUACAAAUUUCUCGGCUUUCAUGCAACGGUUACGGCGAAUGUGGCAUUGUACCGACUCUACUUUACCUUCUUUGGAGUUUUAAGCAAUGCUGCAAAGAAGUUUCAAAUGAAAAAAUCAAUCAAGUCGAAAUACGAAAAUGUUGAGAGCGUGGACGACAAAGUGACCAAUUAGCUAGGUGAAGCGGCUCAAAUCGUAAUCAAGUUAUUAUCGAAUCUACAUAUUUAUUUAAACCCUGAAUAGUUGAAAUACUUGUAAUUGUCGAAUCGCCAAAUUUAUCAGUGCUGCAACAGCAAUAAAUAGUAUUUAAUAGUUGUCUAUUAUGUUA